GCAUACCUCCUCCCUUGAGACGGGGUAAUUGACUUUGGUGUCUCAAAAGCAGCAUUCUGGACAAAUAAAAGAUUGAGAGAGAUAGAGAGACGUUCCCAUUUAUGUAAGUAUGGGAAGAGAAGAAGAAAACACUGAAAUGGAAAUCGAUCUGACCCUGAAGCUUGAUGCUCAAGAUCAAGAACCUGUUAGAGAUUCAUCAGAAUCAUAUCAUCAAGAUCAGGUUAAUGAGGAUGAUGAUGAUAGACAAGUACCAUCACAAGAGCACCAAGUACAACACUCAGAACUUGAUGUACAAACUGGCACCGACCCAACUGAAGCACCAAAAAGGCAAGACCUUGAUCAUCGUCAUGAAGAAAAGUUAUCGAUAUUACAGAUCGAGAUGAAUCGGAUGAAGGAGGAGAACAAGGUGUUGAGACAAGUAGUAGAGCAAACAAUGAAAGAUUACUAUGAUCUACAAAUGAAAUUUUCCACAGUUCGACAAUCUUCUCGCCAAUUCAAGGAUCCGAAAGCUUUUCUUUCUCUUAACCGGCAUGAUAAAGAUCAAGAUAUCAAGAAAAUUAGCCCAAGAUCGCCACCAUUGCAAGAAAGCGAAAAUGAAAACUUAGGUUUAUCAUUGAGGAUUCAAGGCAAUACUACAACGUCCCCACAUGCAAGAGAUCAUCAAGAAGGAAAUCAUAAGGAUUUAUCAGAGGUCAUCAAGAAGCAUAUGCAACAAAACAAUUUGAUGAAUUCCGGCAAUUUUGGAGGCGAAAAUAAAGCUAGUAAUAUUGCUAAUAAUCCGAUGGCUUCACUGCCAAACAGAAAAGCUAGGGUUUCAGUGAGGGCAAGAUGUGAAUCAGCCACAAUGAAUGAUGGAUGUCAAUGGAGAAAAUACGGACAAAAGAUUGCCAAGGGAAACCCUUGUCCGCGAGCAUACUAUCGUUGUACAGUCGCUCCUGGUUGCCCAGUUAGGAAACAGGUGCAAAGAUGUUUAGAAGACAUGUCGAUACUAAUCACAACUUAUGAGGGAAAUCACAAUCAUCCACUACCCGUUGGCGCAACUGCAAUGGCUUCAACAACAUCUGCGGCAGCAACAUCUUUCAUGCUAAUGGAUUCAAACAAUCAUAUUUCAUCUGAACUUGGAGCCAUGAAUCAGCAGCCUUUCGCUAAUUACCACAUGUCUUCAAACAUUCUGAACUCUAAUUCUUCUCCAUAUUCAUCCGCACAUACGACGCCUAAUGACCCUUCGAAAGGACUUGUCUUUGAUCUCACCAACAAUCCACUAAACCCUCACCAUAGCCCCUCGUCUCAAUUAGGGUUUCCUUGGAUGCCGAACAGCUUCCCUAUUAAUGAAAGCCUUUUUUCAAGACCAAAGCAAGUAGAUGGGAUUAAUGGGGUUUGGCAAGGUGGAGAAGAUAGCAACAACAACAAUAAGUCAAUUUUGGCUGAAAACAUGAGUGCUAUUGCUUCUCAUCCUAAAUUUAGGGUUGCUGUUGCGGCUGCAAUCUCUUCCAUCAUUAAUAAAGAGAGCCAAAUCAGUAAUAACAUCCAUGCUGAUGGUCCUAGGGAUAGAGAGAGUGGUGGUAGUAGCUCUGGUGGCAAAACAUGGGUUCUUGAAUCUCUUUCUAGAAGUGGUUAAUUACCGCAAGAAUUACCAUAUAUUGAAUCACGAGACUACAUAAGUUUAUUCGAUUUUAGUUUGUUUAAAAACCAAAUUGAAAUGUAUACUAUUCUAAACUUAUUAAUUAGAUUGUUAUAGAUUUGAAUCUUGAAAUCUGUAAUUUAUUUGGGGAAAUAUGAUAAACAUUGGUUACU